GCGUGCGCAGUCUCUUCCGAGUUGCGAGCAUGGCGUGCGGAAAUGGAGAAGAAGAAGGAAAAGGAGAAGAAUAAGGAGCUGGAGGAACGGGAGGAGGAGAUUGUAGACUGGGAGCAGAGGCUUGCGAGCCAGUGGUCCAACGUCUACAUCAAAAGAAGGGAGCUAAGGGGCCGCGAGAGAGAGCUCCUGCAGCGGGAGAUAGCAGUCUCCCAGCGGAAUGAGGCGAGCAUACGCCUAAGUGCCGAAAGCCGCCGGGUGUGCGAGGAGGCCACCCGCGCAAUGAAAACCAUCAGCGAGUGGGAGGAAGCCCCGACGGUAGCAAAUGCAGCAAUCCACGACAUAGUCUUAGGAUUAAAAACAACUCCUGGUGUUAUGCACUAA